AUGCGAUCGAGUAUAGCUUGCGCUCGGUGCCGACGGAGCAAGAUCAAAUGCGUCAAUGCCGGUAUUGACACCACCUGUCGUGCAUGCGAGUCGUCCGGUCGAGAAUGUGUAUAUCCCACCCCGGCCAUCGGCGUGGGCGGUGGUGCCGCCAAACGAGACAUUGCCGCCAUGGCCGAUGGGGAGGAUCGCAACGGCGAUUGGGAUAGCCCCAAGCGACAGCGCUCCCGCAAGGCCGUCGGCGUGUCCUCGUCUGCGGCCAAAGAUGCAGCCAAAGCCUCGCUGGAGGUGCUCGACUCGUCCGUGCUGACCGUCAAGGUCUGGGAGGCCGUCUUUGAUCUUUUCCAGUCGCAUUACGCCUUCAUCCUGCCCUUUCUACAUCCCGCCUCCUUCCUCGGUCAGAUUCGACAGCUCUCCGGGGGCACAUCGUCCAGUAAUGUCACCAACUCCGAAAACAACCGAGACGCCGCACAAAGUCCUCCCGCCCCCAAAACCGAACCCAACCCUCUCAUUCCUCUCGGAGUUCUGGCGCUCACGGCUCGAUUCCAUCCCCAUCUAGUUGCCUACCAUUCGCCCUCCUCCCCCGGCAACCCUUCGAAUCCUCUCGUCGCAUCCGAAUUCUAUGCGGCAGCGCUGCGCAGCCGGCUGGCCGGCGUCGAUGGCGCCAGUAUGGCGAUUCCUGACCUCACACGCGUGCAGGCGCUGCUGAUGCUCGCCCUCCACGAAUGGGGCAUGUGCCGGGGCAAGAGCGCCUGGCUAUAUGUCGGCAUGGCGAUCCGGCUGUCACAGGCCAUGGGACUGCCGUUUGAACUGGAGAAUGAGCUCUUCUCUCGCGAUGGUCCCCGCUCGCCCGCCUUCAAAGCCGAGGCAGAGCUCUUUGGCGUGCGCCGCGGUCCGGAGCCCAAGGAGCAGACGUCCGACGAUGUGAUCGCCCAGGAGACGAAGCGGCGGACUUUUUGGGCCUGCUUUAUCCUCGACCGCUGCCUCAGCAGCGGCAAAUAUCGUCCCCGCAUGAUCCGGGUCAAGGAACUCGGUAUCCAGCUGCCCAGCGACAACGCUUUCGCUUUUGGAGAGCGCGUGCGAACGUCGCGGCUGAAUGAGCCAUCCGCCCGUCGCCCGCAGAGCUUCGGCUCGCAGGGUAUGCAAAUCCCCAGCAUUCGCCAGAGUAUCGGGGGCUUCAGCGAUGACAAACUGCCCAACAAUGUCCCACCGGACAACAAGCCGUGGUCUCCGAUCUCCCGGCGAAAGGACUCGAGCGAGGAUGAGAUCGACCGAUGGGAGAUUGGGGCGGAGGAGUCGGUGUUGAGCCGGGUGAUUCGCAUCAUUCGGAUCUGGGGGAGUAUCGCCAAGUGGUCUUGUGCGGGUGGACGAAGGUAUGCAUCAUCCGCCAAUCCUCCGUUAGUAUCACCCGAAACUAACGUUGACAGAACGGAACAACUUCCUCCCUGGCAUAUCGACUCCAGGUUUUCGAAACUGCGGACGAUGCUGGGUGAGUUCCAGGAAGGACUCUCGCGCAAUCUGCAGUACUCACCUCGAAAUACCGACACACAUAUCAUGUACAAGAACAAGCUGGCAUCCUACACCGUCAUGCAUGUGGUGUAUUUUCUCUCCGUCAUUAUUCUCCACCGCGCCUACAUUCCCUUUCUUCCCGUCCGGUGCAACGAGCCGAUCGGUCCCCUGGACGAGCCACUGCUCCCCGGCGAGAGAUCAGGGGCACCAGAUGGGUUCUGGAGGGACAGUGCGCGUGAGCUGUUCCGGGCCGCCCGACAGAUGUUGGACCUGGUGGUAACCUGCCAGGAGCGCGGUGUUCUUGUUGAAAAUCCACUGGUCGGGUUUGCCAUCUACAAUGCGGCCUUUAUGGGCGUGUCUGCGUCCCACUUUCCGCACAUGGACCUGGAGGGAUCGUUGAGCUCCAAGCCCGGUGCAACGGAUGGAACGCACGGCCAGGUGCAGACUGGCAAGGCUCUCGACAUCUUGCGAGAUAUGCGGUCUCGCUUGAAGAUGGCCAAUGGAUGGUUCCGCACGCUGAACCGGCUGCACAGCUACUUUUCCAAGGUGAAGCGCGACUUCCGACGCCACUCCCGCCUGGACGCUCUUGAUCCGCAUACCAACGGAAUCCGUCCGGUACGGGAGGGCGGUACCGGCGGCGGCCUUGAGGAGUUCAAGUUGCUUGAAAAGCUGUUCUUCGACUUUGGCAGCAUCGAGGACCGGCUGCCCGAGAACAAUGCCGACGAUGACGGGGCCGACCGGGCGACCAACGUCAGUGAUGCGGGUAGCAACGCGGUCCGCAGUGACCCUGGCGAGACAACCGAGCCUACCCUCGAUGGUGCCGGCGGCCGGCGCGAGUCGUGGGUCCCCAUCAACAGCCCUGGCCUUCCUCUGCCUGGACCGGAUGCCGAGCGGCGGCCCAGCCUGCCGUUGCCUCCACGCGCCUUGCAGUCGCAGUCGCCGUAUUCGCUCCCGUCGCUGCAGCACCAUCCCGAUGGCCCUCUCUACGGCACCUCGUCGCCGAGCCUCCCGUCCCUGGCUCCUUCUGCAGGGGCACCCCCGUCGCAAUAUGGCCAAGUGCCGCCGUCGAACCGUCUCCAGCCAUUGAACUCGUGGCUCUCCCGCCAACAAGGGCCGUACUCGCAGUCGCUGCCCCCGAUCAACCAGGCAACCUCACAUGGCCUGCCACUGCUGCCCCCGCCGGGAUCCGUCAACCAUGCUGCGGCCUCGCCCCCGGUGACGGUGGACGGAUUCGAAGGUGGCGUCUCGAACGUCAUGUGGUCGACCAGCCUCGGCGGGGAUGACGUUGUCGCGUUCCUGGAGGGAUGCGACUAUGACCAGCUGUCUAGCAUGAUGCCAUCCGAGGUUGGCAUUCCUACUGGAUGGUUGAGCACUGUGUGGAGUGAAUUCUCACGGUAG